AUGACGAUCCAGUUCAGAAAUGGAUUCAUCGACCUUGCGAUCAACGUAUUUGAGAAGCUUCACGGGGACUUGGUGGAAUUUGUCGUAGACUGGACCGAUGACGGUUUUCACGGCUUCUUCAACGGUGUCGACGCCGGUUUUGAGUGGACCAGAUCUUUCUUCUUCCUUUUAAAUCACAACUCAUCGAGCAUUGAUGAUGAUACGAAGGUGAUGGUGUUGCUGAUGCAAAGAAUAAUGUUGAAGACACGCGUAAGAUGCGUUAUUUCGACACUGAAUCGUGAUGACGAGGCUAUGAUGCAAUGA